AUGGAUGAGCAAACAUGUUAUGAUUUAUUUUGGAGUCUAUUAACAAAUGCAAAAACAAAUAUAAGUGCCGAUGGUCCUUAUGAUGCGAUGGCCUUUAUUUCACUUCUUGAUGAAACAAAACAGUGUGACUCGUAUCUGAAUAUGUCAGCCGCUCGAGAAAAAUAUCGAGCACAUUUAAGCAAUAAUACAAAUCAUGAAGACCUUUAUGAAAAGAUUAUAAAUAUUAAACCGCUCUCCGAGUUAGAGAAGAUGCAAGCGGCAAAAGCUCAAUCGAUUUUAUAUCCUACUGUCGAAAGAUGUAUACUGCAAGGACUUAAGUUCUCUGAUAAGCUGUAUUACCAUACGGUAGAACGGAGUCAACGCACGCUCGUCUUCAUAGGUCUCACCGGUGCAGUUGUUUCAACUUCAAAAAUUGCCUUUCGAUUUAUUAGAGAUCAAAUUGACAAAACGUAUAAGGGAAAAUCUUGUUCGCCCUCUUCUCCGACUGUAUCAGCAAAAAAUAAUAAGAUAUCACCAACAUCAAACGAUAUUCCUCGAUAUGAUAGUCCUUCGUCCUGUGGAAACAUAGGUCAAUGUGGUUCAAAUACAGAUUUUGAAAGCUUUUUUAAAACAACAACUAAUAAAAAGCAACAGACAAAUAAUAGUGGCAAGAAAUGA